UUGACAGUUGUCUGUCUCAGUUGACUGGAAUUGAUUAAUUAAUGAUUGAUUGAAGUAUUCACCCUUAUUGCAAACUCAAGAAGCAUAAUGUGCCAAAACCUACAAUUGUUUUGUGCAGUAAUAAGGAUUUACAUCUAUUCGUUCUUCAGGAGGAUGUGUGGACGGGAUCCUCCAGCAGCAAAGCCUAACUUUACAGUUCUGUGUCUUGGUUUGUCAAAGACAGGGAAAAGUACUUUAUUGUCAGUUUUAAGUGGGGAAAGCACAGAAAAUAUCGAGCCAACUGUUGGUUUCAGUAUAAAAGCCUUGAUAUUUAGUAAUUGUAUAGUUGAUGUUAAAGAACUAGGAGGAGGAGACAAUGUCCGUCCAUACUGGGAUAAAUACUUUGGGGGAGCAGAGGGGGUAGUAUUUGUUGUAGACAGCUCUGCUGGUGAUGAAGAUCUGCAACUGACCAACACCGCCCUUCAUCAAGCACUAGCUGACCCUGAGCUUGAUAAUCUCCCUUUGAUGGUGCUCUGUAACUACAGUGACAAAGAAGGGGCCAAGUCCAAGGAAGAGUUGCAAAAAAUCUUGGAAUUAGAUUUGGAAUCUAACAGCCGACAUUGGGAAAUCCAUACCUGUACCAGCUCAGACAGAGAGGGCAUUAGAGUGGCAUUUGAGAGCUUCAACAAAAAGCUUUUGGAGUCCAAGAAAACAGAAGAUGGAUUUAACAAGAUCUUUGAUCUACGAAUCAUUUUUAGAUUGAACUGUCUUAAAUCUGCAACACCGGAAAAAGCACGAAAUUUCUGCGUUAUAGGGGCUAUUGUCAUUUUGUCAUUUUGUUGUAGAAGAAAAGGCGGGUUGCUUAAAGAAAUUAUUCUUGCAAUGUCUGACCUUGAAGAAGGAGAAAUAACAGACUCUGACAACGAUAAUGAAUUCCAACCAAAGAAAGAUGAAAAUAAAACUUCAUUACCAACAUCCACAUUAAAUCGCCCAGUGGCAGUUCCUGCUGUCAGUUACAGAUCUAGCAAAAAUCACCAUGAGGACAGUGAGGAUUCUGACACCUCCUCAUACAGUGAUGAGGACACACCACUAUGGAGAUGCAAGAAAGCAAAAUAUUUUUCUUCUAGCAGGCAUGAUGAAAAGAGUAUGGUGACAGAAUUACCUGAGGAGAUAAAAUCCCCUAUACGCAAAAAUGACAGACCUGCAAGUAGAAAUGUAAAUCCUCAGACAGCAAAAAGGAAAAUAAAUAAUAUCUGGGGUUCAGUCCUGACAGAACAGACUCUUACACAAGACUUAAAAGAUGUUGGAGUUAAAACUUCAACAUGUGAUGAUAGCCGCAAUGUUGAAAAGUAUGACUUUACACUGAAGUAUAAUGACACUAGGCCAGAUUUGGCCAAUGAAUUAAGUGAUAAUGAAAGCCAUGAUCCAUUCAAUAAGGUGGUAGAUCUACCUGAGAUGGAUUCUAACUCAAGCAGGAAACGAAAACGAACUCACAAAGAAAGACGUCCAGUGAAAGAGAGAGUAAAGGUGCAUGAUGAUAGAGACUUUAAAGAGCCACUUCCAGAUUUAGAGGCUGACAAAAUUGUGAAAAUGAUCACCAGGAAGCUGAAUGAACCUAAGGUGUACCUCAUAGAAAAAAUAUACAGAAUAAUAGGGAAAGAGAAGACCCUGGACUUAUUUUACAAAACGCAAGACAUAGAAGAGGCUGGUGGCUUACUUAUACAGAGUAAAACCAGAAGACGUUCCCCCGGAGGUGUGUUUAUUCACCUGCUGAAAUCUGACAAAAGUAUUUCACCAGAACAGGUGGAUGAGAUUUUUGCUAAAGAAGAGCAGGAGUUUAUACAAUCACUUGAAGAGAGAAAACAGAAGAGAAAAGAGCAAAAACAAAGGAGGAAAGAAAGAAGAAAGUUGACCAGGUUACUUCCACAGUCCAAGUUAAUACAAAAGUCUGGUGUUUCAAAAGUCACAGAGAACCUCAGUAGUGAGAAAAAGUCUGAAGUUACCAUGGAAAUGACAGACAGUGAAAAUGAAAGCCUACACAGUGAUCCAGAGAAUGGUGUCAAUAUUUUGGAUGUGGAUGAUAAGGAUAUUGUUGAUAUAGAUAUUGGAGUGGAUGAAACAAUUGACUGAACUGUUUGAUAUAGAUACUGGAGUGGAUGAUACAAUUGAUUGAACUGUUUGAUAUAGAUACUGGAGUGGAUGAUACAAUUGAUUGAACUGUUUGAUAUAGAUACUGGAGUGGAUGAUACAAUUGAUUGAACUGUUUGAUAUAGAUACUGGAGUGGAUGAUACAAUUGACUAAUCUACAUGUAUUUGGUUGAUAUAAAUAUUGGAGAAGGUGAAACAACUGACUGAACUCUUUUGUUCUGAAGAAAAUUAAUUGUCAUCUGGUAAUGACUGUAGAUGAAUCAUGAUUUCUAUCAAUUUACACAGAAAAAGGCAGGCCUGAUAUUGUUGGAACUUGAAAAGUUCCAUUUUGUUGUUCAAUCUUGCCUAGUUAACAUCAAGGUUUUUUUUAUUGUGAAUCUGUUAACAGAAUGAAUCUGCCAAGUGGGAUUAGGGUUCUGCUAAAAGCAGACUUUUGUUCGUAGAAACAGUUUCAAGAGUGUCCAAAAUCUGUUAAAGGUGCUUGGACACAGAUUUGAAGUUAAUAUUUUCUCAAAUUUUCUGUAUAAUUUCAUGACUUAUAUGUUGCUAUAGCAUUUCAUACUAAAAUGUAAUAAAAAUCUUAUUUCAUCUUGAAGUUAUCAAAACUUCAAAUUUCUUGACGCGUUGGAUUAUUCACACAUCCUUGCGCUUUCACAUAUUUUAAUUUUAUUCUUAAUACUUAAGAAAAGUGGCAAUUUUGUUGUGCAUUAAUGAAAAAAUUAAAACUAUAUAACCCAGAAAAUUCAGAGUAGAAAUGUUCGAAAGCAAAACCCACUCACAGUAUUGUAAGUCCGUGCUCAGUGGUGUGUGCAGAGAUUAACAAUUGAACACACCCGGUGAAUCGUAAACAUUAACAAUAACAGGGCUCGUGCCCUGUUUACAAAAACAGUUUACGUUUCACGGGUGUGUUCAAUUUGUUAAGCUCUGUACACAUCACAGAGCACGGACUGACAAUACUGGUGAGUUGGUUUUGCUUUCGAACAUUUCUACUCUGAUCUUUCUGGAUUAUAGAUGUACUAUUUUUCAUUAAUACAUAACAGAAUCGCCUCUUUUCUUAAAUAUUAAGGAUAAAGUUAAAAUUUGUGUACCAGGGUAAGUGCAAAGAUGUGUUAAUCAAACACGUCCUGGAAUUAGUAGUUCCAAUAAUUUCCAGAUAAAAUAAGUUUUUAAUUAUAUUUUCAUGUGAAAUGCUAUUGCAAUAUAUAAGUUGUGAUAUUAUACAGAAAAUUUGAGAAAAUGUUAACUUCAAAUCUGUGUCCAAGCACCUUAAAUGUUAAUGUCUCUUAUUGCUUCACCCCAGCAAACCAUAACUAUGAAGCUGACAAAAACCUAUUUGACUUAACAGUUUUCCAAGUGCAAGAUACAUGAAUAUGUAUUAUAUAGAUAAAUUACUGGAAACAAAGUAAAAUGCUUUUUGCAGUAGCAGAAUUUUCAGAAAAAAAAAAUCUAGCCCUUUUAUGUGUAAGUAUUCAGAGGCAAAAAUGCUAUUCAAAUUAUUUCACAUAUGUUUAUAAAGUGCAAGUAAAAAAAUUGAAAAAUUCUGCUAUUGCAAAGAGCAUUUCAAUGUGUUAGUCUUUUUUUUUUUUUUUUACAUAGAAUACAUGUAUUGCUAACUCUGUUAACUGUUGUCAAACAGUUUUUUGUCAACUUCAUAGCUAUGGUUUGCAGGAGUGUGACUCGCAGGGUAACUCACCAGCUACAACAAAUUUUGGCCACUGUUAAAAUCCUUUCUACAAACAAAUUUGCCUUUUAGUAUAUAUAACCUUAAUUAAUGAAUUAUAAUGAAUUUCUGUAUUGUUGGAAGAAAGUGCACUUUUAUAUAAUUUUUUUCAAUAUUGAAAACAAAAAAAAAAUUUAUAAAACAUUUAAUAACUUUGUAAAAUGUUACUGGUACAUGUAUUCAUAAGUACUUUCUAAAUAAAUUUCCAUGGACAGUCGAUAUUUGGAAAGCAAGUUACAUCUUCAGAAUCUUUUUCUUUUUUAUUGGACAUCUUGCAGACAAACUGUUUGCAUGGUUCUUAAAACAAUUUGCCCUCUAUCAAAAUUCAUUUUUGAAAUUAAUAUAUACCCGGAGUUCAGGACCUUGGAUGGCCAUGUAUUUAAUACUUCCAAUUUGAAAAUCUUGUCAAGGAAUAAGUGCUGUAUGUAAAAUAUAUUGCACCUUUGCAGUAAACUGCAUGUUUAAAUUGUAUGCUUUGACAUUCAUGUCUUGUUUGGACUUGUAUUGAAAAUUCACUUAGCUUAUAUGCAUGAUGAUAAACUAUGAGUCCUUGAUAAAACUAAAACUGUCCACAGGACCCAGGCUUCAGUUUGGACUAAGUUGAUCACAUAUUGAAAAUGCAUUAUAUCCUUAAAAAUUAUCUUUCCUUAUGAGUAUCCAGGAGAGAAACUUCAUUUCAUGUGAUAUUUAAACAACCAGAAGUCUCUGAUGAGACUGUAGCUCUAGUGGUUUGUACUUAUAGCAAAAUCAUAGAAAAGUAGCACUUGCACUUGAAACUAUGCAACAGCAAUAAAAAGAAUAAUGGUUCUUGGUUUAGUC